UCGUCCAAUCUGAAUAUGUGGGAGGAGCGCGUCCGCCCACAAAAGCCACAGCUAUCUCCCCAUAUCUCCCCCCUUAAAAAAAUCAAUUGUGCACGAAAAAAAAGGGGAACACGCUCAAAAUACAAACACUGGUGACGGUUUGUUUUCGGUGCGCGACGGACGGCGACGAGGCGUCCGCACGUCGUGCGGCGAGAGAAACGGCGGUGACAGGCAGGGAAGCAGCGAGGAGGGUGUUGUCCUGAUGCUUAAAUGGAAGUGGGUGGGCCUCUACGGUCACACACUGCCAACUUCUCUGUGGAUACCAUCCUGACAAGCGCCAAUUUGCUCGUUUAUGGACUUUCUAUCCGGUGAAAGAGACGCACAGCGGGGCAGCGAGGGGCCCGACGCACCGGGGGACGGUCACUGCGCUCCGUGUUAUCCCCGUUAUUUGGGGCUGCUUGAUUGUGCCUGCGCUUGGCACCGCCCUUCCUGGCCGGUGGGUGGUUUCGUCAAACGGGCAGAUCCGCCACGGCCCAGAGCCGAACAUAUAGGCCGUCCUCCGCCUCUGUACCCGGCCGGCCUUCUACCGUGAACUACACACUCUCCUUCUCGGUAUAUUAAUGCGUUAUGAGUGACUCCAAGAAGGAAUCAUCUGGAACUGAAGGAGGGAAAGCAUCUAAAAGGGGGAAAAGUUCUGGAUCGCAGGAUUCCUCUCAGCCCUCUCCGUUGGCUCUGCUGGCAGCCACCUGCAGUAAGAUCGGAGGGCAGGGGGGAGUGGAAGGGGCCCAGGUCCAAGCAGGGGCCCAGCAGAUCCAGGUUCAGGCUGGUCAGAUCCAACUGCAGGCCGGUCAGCUCCAGGGUCAGAUAGUGGUGGACGCAGCUGGGGGUCAGACCCUGGUGCCCCAGCAGCUGGAACUGGUCCCAGCUCAGUUCACGGGGAACGGCUGGCAGAUCAUUACAUCGGCGCCUACUAUGGCCAAGGAGAACGCCAGUCAACCUGUUGCUGUGACGGUGGCCACCACUUUGGCUAAUGACAGCUCACCUGGUGGACGCAAGGUGAAGGCAGUAGGUGGGACCAACAGUGUUGCAGCCAAUCAGCAACAGCAGCAGCAACAGCAGCAGUUCCAGAUCAUCCAGGUUCAGAAUCUGCCCAAUGCUGGGGGCGGGGUCCAGUAUCAGGUCAUCCCUCAUCUACAGACUGCAGAUGGACAGCAGAUCCACAUCAGCCCCCCGACAGCCUCCAUCGGGGCUUUACCUGAGCAGGUGCAGCUCAUCCAGACCCCGAGUUCAGGCCAGACCCAGGCUAUCCUGCAGCCAGCCAACCAGCAGACCAUCCUGACAAGUACAGCCAAUCAGACGGUCCCACUGCAGAUCCGUCCUGCACAGUCUUUCCCGCUUCAGCUGCAAGCUCUACAAGGCUCCCAGACUCCUGUCAUGACCACAGUACCCAUCAACCUCGGAGGCAUGACCCUGGCUUUACCUGUGAUCAAUAAUGUUGGAGGGGGCGGGGCUGUGCAGCUCAUCCAAUCAGCAGAUGGCACAUUCUCUGUUGCUAAUGGCAACCAGCUGGUGACAACAGCAGUGUCUGGGGCGGCUCCGGCUACAGCUGCAACCGCACAAGCAACAACAGUAGUACCUGAAGCCGACAGCGUGCCUGAUGGGGCUCAAGUGGUUUCUGCUGGACCGGAGGGCGGAUCAGCUGACAUCCAAGUGCAGAGCAGUGAGGCAGACUCUCAAAGCCAGAACCAGGCCAACGGGCUGCAGAACCAGACAGAUACAGCAGGAACCAUACAGCAGGUGAUCGUGGGCCAGGUGGGGCACCAGUUGGUGCAGCAGAUCCAGCUGCAACCCCAGGCCCAGAGUCAGGGUCAGCCUCAGGGUCAGCAGCAACCUCAGCACAUUCAGACUCUCCAGCUGGCCCCAGGUCAAACCCUGCAGCCCAUUCAGGCCUUCCAGAACCCAGCCCAGGUCCUUAUUCGUACGCCGACACUGUCACCCUCUGGGCAGAUCACCUGGCAGACACUGCAGCUGCCCGGUGGCGUUUCACUGCAGGGUGGUCUCGGGACAGCUGUGCCACAGCAGCUCACGCUGGCCCCGGUGGCUGGUGGGACAGCAGUAGGGAGUGGAGGACUCGUCUCCCUGAGUGGAGCUCCCUUGACCUUGAGUGCAGCCCAGAUCAACCCAGGAUCAGGAGUACAGACGGUCAGCAUUGCAGGACUGGGCACAGCUGGGGUUCAGGUGCAGGGUGUUCCCCUCACCAUCACUGGUCUACAGGGUCAGCCACAAGGUCAGGAUGGGGUGAAAGUUCAGUCGUCUCCUGUGACUGUCACCGUUGGCAACGUGGCAUCAGGUUCAUCAAUGAGUCCAGACCAGCUGGGCUCUGUUCAGAGUUCUUCAGACCAGGAGGGGCCGCCUAGCAAGAGGCUUCGACGUGUCGCCUGCUCUUGUCCCAACUGCAGGGAUGGAGAAGGAAGGAACAGUGGAGACCCCACAAAGAAAAAACAGCACAUCUGCCACAUGGAGGGCUGUGGGAAGGUAUACGGCAAGACAUCCCACCUACGGGCCCACCUGCGCUGGCACACCGGUGAGAGGCCGUUUGUGUGUAACUGGAUCUUCUGUGGCAAGAGGUUCACCCGCAGCGACGAGCUGCAGAGACACCGGAGAACACACACAGGAGAAAAGCGCUUCGAGUGUCCUGAAUGCUCCAAGCGCUUCAUGCGCAGCGACCACCUCUCGAAGCACAUCAAGACCCAUCAGAACAAGAAGAGCGGUGCUGCCGUGGCGAUCAUCACCACCGAUGACAUGGAGGAAGAUGCCCCCGAAGGCCUGGGCGCCUCCCCCCAGAUUGUGGCUGUAGCAACCCUCUCGCGUGACUCUGACCCCGCUACGCCCACCACCUCCAAUCACCUGGAGGAAGAGGAGGAGGAAGAGGAGGAGUUUGAAUAGGGCGACUGACUCCUGUUUCUUUGCGGAAGGCUGACUUCCUGUUUUCUUGGAGGUCUUUGCAGGGACUGUAAAGGUGAUGACUUUUCCUUUUCUUUUUUUUCUUUUUAAAUUUACAUCAUUUUAAAAAUGUUGUUCAGUCAUGACAAGGGACUCAAAAGAGACAGGAUCAUGCGAUGAACAGAAACCGAAAAAUAUAAGCAUCACAAUCUAAAAAAAUUUAAACUAACACAUAUAAUAACAAAAAAUUUAGUGUAUGAAAGAUUAGUUUGGCAUUUAUAAAUUAAUCUAUAAUAAUUCCAUGUGCUGUGGAGAAAGGAAUGUAAGUAGAUUAGCACAAGACAGGGGGACCUGCUGAAUCUAAAACCAUUGAGGGACAUUUUCCUAAUCGCAACAGAAUCUAACUCUAUGCACAAAGUUGUGUUCCUGUUUCCUACCUGUCAGACAGUGCUGAGGGUCAAUCAUGGUACAGGGCUGUUGAAGAGCAGCGACGGAGCAGCGGCAGUGUCGGGAUGAAGCGUGUGUGAGGAAAUAUGUUCUGUGUGAGUGUGUGCUUGUGUUCCCACACUGACCUGCAGACCUACCUAAUUUGAGUUCCUGGUUCAGGUUUAGUCCUCAGAUCAGAUUCAGGUGUUGAGUCCUUUGUCGACGAAUAAACUGUUCUUGAAGGCGAAAGGGGGCUAAUUCUAAAAGACAGAAAGUGUAGAGAGAGAAAAGAAAAAGCACAUAUGAAAAGAUUUAUUAAAAAAAAUGCAUUCCUAUUGAGGCGCAGUGGCCAUUAGACAAAAAAAAAAAAAAAAAGGUUUCUAUAGAGAAAAACAAUCUAGCUUUCUACAACUUUGUUUGUGUAGUGAAAGCAAUACUAUAAUGACAAUCCUAGUGAAACCAUGUUUACAUUGUCAGGGGAGGUUUUCUCUGUUAAUAAAACAAGCCAGUUCGCGGUAUAACGUUAGGGGGAGACAUGGGAAAAGCAGCGCUGCCGUCUGAAUCGAACUUUGUGGCUUCAACAUCGCAGCUGCAUGGUCGAUCAGGUUGGAAACAAUGAGGUUUGUUUUUCUGUCAGAUGGCAGCACUGUCACCGAUGUUGCUUUUUUUUUGCUUUCUGUGCUCUGGUGACGACCCCUCUCCACCUCUGACCCUGCUUACACGACCCCAUGUACCGCAAUUGCCUUAACACAAGCUGUUGUACAGAGGGAGCUUCAGAGCGAGGCGGGGGGAGAAAGAGGGGAGGCUCUCCUGCAUUAUUAGGGGGCGACGUGGAGAGCAGACCACAGCACAGGCAGGUAAAGAGAGCCGUGGGUGGGAGUAGUGGGUCGGGCUUUUUGCUAUGUGGAUAUUCUGAGAUGUUUCUGGUGGUGUUGCUCUGUGUUAGUUCAGUGCGUACAUUCUUUUUAAAUUAAAAGAUAAUUUUAUUUUAUAGGAUUUAUUAAUUGUUUUACCCCCCCUCCUGUCCCCGAAGUAUGUUAACACACAGGACCCCACUGUGUAUGGCUAAUUUAUUAUUUAUCCUUGAUUUGUAAUAUUUGCCUUUUGCUGGACUUGUAUUUGUGUGCGUUGAUUCUGAGGUUGUGUACAGCAUGUUUCAGUUUUUCGCCGUAGUGCUGCUUCUUCUCUUCUUUACUCUUCGUGCUCGUUUUCUUUUUUUUCCUACGUCUGGCCAUUGCUGUUCAUUUCUUCUUCUUUUUUUUUUUCUCUUUGCGCCAUAACGUGUUUUGGAGAAAAAAUAAAGAAAUAACAAAAAGAAGAAGGAAGCAAAAAAAAAAAAGCUACUAUUUGUUUAAAGUUGAAAAAGGUUGAUACCAAACGAAAUUUAGAUGUUUUUUGGUAAUAUUUUGUGUGACAACCAACUUUUUUUUUCUUUGAUAUUUUGUAGUGACAUCUCAUUUGUAAAUCUUUUUCUAAAGAUGUUCGUCUCCAUGACAUUUGAUAAUGGGUUUUUGCCAGGUUAGCCUCAAAGGCUCCAGUUUAUUGAUAUUUUUAAAACUGGUUUGUACAAAUGUGUUAUGUCAAUAAAAAAAAAGGAAAAAAAGACAACUUCAAGCAGAAAAGAUGCUUUGCCUGCAUAACACUUGACAAUAAAGUGAUUCUUAAAGCGA